GGCCGAGUCAGUGUGUAUGUGAGACUCUGACGGGUUCAAAAUGGCGGCGGCGGCUCCUGUAAGAGGACAAAGGCGCAGGAGGGACCUGGAGGAAGAGGAGGAAGACAGCAGCCCUGGAGUGUCCUUCUCACUCUCUUCAGAAGAGUCGGAGAUGGAGCCUGAGGAAGAAAGGAUCCGUUACAGCCAAAGACUGCGUGGCACCAUGAGGCGGCGUUACGAGGACGACGGCAUCUCCGAUGAUGAGAUUGAAGGGAAGAGGACGUUUGACCUGGAGGAAAAGCUCUCCACCAACAAGUUUAACUCCACCUUCGUGGUCUUCAUGGAAGGCAAAGAUUUCACAGUUGAGUACAUCCAACGAGGUGGCCUGAGGGACCCUCUCAUCUUCAGGAGUGCUGAUGGCCUGGGGAUAAAGAUGCCAGACCCGGAUUUCAGCGUGAAUGAUGUGAGGCUGUGUGUGGGGAGCCGACGGAUGGUGGACGUCAUGGAUGUGAACACUCAGAGGGACAUUGAGAUGUCCAUGGCUCAGUGGGCACGUUACUAUGAAACACCUGAGGCUGAGAGGGAGAAACUUUACAAUGUCAUCAGCCUGGAGUUCAGCCACACCAAACUGGAGAACCUGGUGCAGAGACCUGCCACGGUGGAUUUAAUUGACUGGGUUGAUAACAUGUGGCCCAGACACCUGAAGGAGAGUCAGACAGAGUCUACAAAUGCAAUCCUGGAGAUGCAGUACCCAAAGGUGCAGAAGUACUGUCUGAUGAGUGUCAAGGGCUGCUACACAGAUUUCCACGUGGACUUUGGUGGGACUUCUGUGUGGUACCACAUCCACCGAGGGGGAAAGAUCUUCUGGUUGAUCCCUCCCACCCCCCAGAACCUGGAGCUCUAUGAGAACUGGCUUCUCUCAGGGAAGCAGGGAGACAUUUUCCUUGGGGACAGAGUGUCCGAGUGCCAGCGCAUCGAGCUCAAGCAGGGUUACACAUUUGUCAUCCCCUCAGGUUGGAUCCAUGCUGUGUACACACCCAUGGACACACUGGUUUUUGGAGGCAACUUCUUACACAGCUUCAACAUCCCCAUGCAGCUCCGGAUCUACAGCAUCGAAGAUCGCACCCGGGUCCCCAAUAAGUUUCGUUACCCCUUCUAUUACGAGAUGUGUUGGUACGUGCUGGAGCGCUACGUCUACUGCAUCACCAGCCGCUCACACCUGACCAAGGACUUCCAGAAGGAAUCACUCAGUAUGGAUAUGGAGCUGAGCUCCUCGGACUCAGUAAACAUGGAAGAGGAGGAGGAGGAGGAAGAAGAUGAGGAUGCAGCAGGGAAGGAGCCCAGGAGACCCAUCACAAGGAGGUCCAUUCUCACCAGCCCCAUAGCCAAUGGUGCCAACGUGGACUAUGAUGAACUGGGCAAGAGCUGCCGGGGCAGCCUGCCGGGGCUGAAGAAGACCCCAUCUAUUGACUCUUCCGACUCCAGCAGGGGCUCCCAAAAUGGCCAGGCCUGGGACCCCAACGCUGGCAGCCCACGCAAGACCAGGAAGGUUCACCUGACCCAGUUUGAGCUGGAGGGGCUGCGUUGCCUGGUGGACAAACUGGAGUCCCUCCCCCUGCACAAGAAGUGUGUUCCCACCGGCAUCGAGGACGAGGACGCCCUCAUCGCUGACGUCAAGCUGCUGCUAGAAGAAUACGCAAACAGCGAUCCCAAACUGGCACUUACAGGCGUCCCCAUCGUCCAGUGGCCCAAGAGAGAUAAGCUAAAGCUCCAGGCCCGGCUCAGGGUGCGUUUUCCCACCAUCCCCAUCACCAAGCCUCACACCAUGAAGCCAGCCCCUCGCCCCACACCCGUCAGGUCCACGGUCUCUCCCAUCGUCUCCGGUGCCCGGCGGAGGCGGGUGCGGUGCCGAAAAUGCAAGGCUUGCAUGCAGGGGGAGUGUGGCAUGUGCCACUACUGCAGGGACAUGAAGAAAUUCGGCGGGCCUGGCCGCAUGAAGCAGUCCUGUGUCCUCCGGCAGUGCUUGGCGCCCAGGCUGCCUCACUCGGUCACGUGUGCACUUUGUGGGGAGGUGGAUCAGAACGAGGACUCACAGGACUUUGAAAAGAAGCUCAUGGAGUGCUGUAUCUGCAACGAGAUCGUUCACCCUGGCUGCCUGCAGAUGGAUGGGGAAGGGCUGCUCAACGAUGAGCUCCCCAACUGCUGGGAGUGCCCCAAAUGCUACCAGGGUGACGACGCAGAGAAGGGCCAGGUAGGAGGCGAGCUGUGCGGUGGCAGGGCAAGGACACGUGUCCCCCAUCCCGUCCCCCUGCUGCAGAGGGACAAGCUGACAGCUCCCUGCUCUCUGUCCCCGGCUCCCAGGGAGCCCGGCAUCGGGCCAGGACCCGGCUUC